AUGAGACCCCAACGUCAUUUGGGAAUAUAUGUUGGCUAUGACUCACCAUCCAUCAUCAAAUAUCUUGAGCCCCUGAUGGGUGAUCUAUUUAUCGCACGUUUUGUGGAUUGCCAUUUGGAUGAGACAAAAUUUUCUCGUUUAGGGGGAAAGGUAAAGCCUCCUAAAGUAAGGCUUGAACUUUCUUGGAAAGUAAACUAUAUGUCUCAUUUAGAUCCUCGCACAUCUCAAUUUGAAAUUGAAGUGCAAAGAAUAACACAUUUACAAAAUAUUGUCAAUCAAAUGUCUGAUGCAUUUGCAGAUGCAACAAGAAUAACGAGAUCAUACAAUCUUGUUGUUAAUACACCAACAAGGAUUGAUGUUACCAAUGAACAAUCCAUACGGGCAACGAUUGAUUCAUCUGUUACACGCCAAAAGCGUGGUAGGCUUAUUAAAGCCAAUGAUAUUGUUCCUAGGAAACGAAAGGCACAGAAUCAAAUAGGUGCCAAUAUUGACAAUAUUGGAAUAAUUAACAAUUCCACAUCUUCUAAACUAACUCCGGAAGAGUUAACAAUCCCUGAAAGGACAUAA